AUGGAAUUCAAGUUGAAUACUGUAAAUUUUUCAUUACUAUUAGGAUGGAUAUUAAAAGAGAAGCAAAAAUACAGAAAAAAGAGAGCUGGAAAAAGAAUUACAAAAAAGAUAAGAAAAAUUUUAGAAAGAUAUUUUCUAACUAGUAAUGCAGACAAAAGUGAUCAUUAUACUACACAAAACAUGUAUCAAGCUCUUCAACAAAAGGUGCUUAAGAGUGAUAUUGAGGCUGAAACUGUUCUAAAAUUGUUUACUAUUCAAAGUUGA